AUGGCACGAGAAGCAGAUGUCGGCUUCAACGGCUACUCCUCUGAAAUGUCUACAGGUUCCAAAUUGAACCUGGAUUCAGAGCAUGGCCCAGUCACCUCCCAUCCCGAUUCGCUGCGCAGCGGUGAAGUCUCCGUGGAGUAUAUCCAAGGCCCUCGGUUUAGGUUCAUCUGUGCAGCCAUCGCUAUUAUGAUGUUCAUCACCAACAUGGAGAUUCCCGUCCUGAUUACUGCAUUGAUCGCAAUCACCAGCGACCUCGGGGGCUUUGACGACUCCGCCAUGUCGAUUACUCACACGCCCGAGGAGACAGCCGUCAUCAUAAUCUUUGCCAAGUUCAGCGACAUUUUCGGCCGAAAGCCCAUCUUCUUGCUGUCCACCGCCACAUUCAUCAUCUUUUCCGCCGCCUGUAGUGCCGCGCAGACACUGACGCAGCUCAUUGUGUUCCGAGCCUUCCAGGGCAUCGGCGGCGGAGGCUGUUUUUCUCUGUGCACAAUCAUGGUCUUUGACCUCGUUCCGCCAGAGAACGUUCCGAUAGCCGUUCCGGCACUUGUUAUAUCUGUCUUGGCUAUACCUAGUGGGUUCCCACACCACGGUCAAGUUAGACGCCAAACAGCCGAAAAAACGCUGCGUCACAGCGCCAAGAAGACACUUGGACGUAUAGAUAUUCCUGGAACUGUCCUCGUUCUCUUGGCCGUACUAGGGCUAACAGCCGCCUUUGAGGAGGCCGACAAGCUCUUUCCAUGGAAAUCCGCAUACGUCAUCGCCUUGUUAAUUGUAUCCGGACUUCUUUGGAUUGUGCUUAUUUGGUGGGAGAGAUAUCUUUCGCUUUCCAACAGCACGCGAGAGCCAGUGUUGCCUUGGAGGUUGCUGACGAACCGCCGGAUGGUGGGUAUAUUUCUCAAUUUUUUGCUGUUGGGAGGACCUACAGUCAUUGGAAUGUUCAUCAUCCCGCAGAGAUUUCAGCUGGUGUAUGGCACGUCUGGACUCGAUGCAGGUGUCCGAUUGAUUCCGUUCACCGCAGCCAUUCCGGUUAGCUCGAUCUUUGCAUCCAGCCUGGUGGGAAAGUACAAGGUGCCGCCUUUGUAUCUCAUCUUGUCAGGUUCUUGCCUCCAGGUACUUGGGUUUGGUCUGCUGGGAACACUGCCUGCGAUGCUAGAAAUACCAGCACGAAUCUAUGGCUAUGAGCUCAUUGCCGGAUGGGGCUGUGGUAUAAACUUCUCCUUGCUCUUCUUGAUGGUUCCGUUUGUGAUUGAGAAACGCGAUCACGCAAUUGGCCUUGGGGCUGCAUCGCAAUUCAGAUUUAUCGGUAGCUCAAUGGUUCUGGCCAUCUCAACCUCCGUCUUCAACAGCUUCGCGAGACCACGGCUCCAGGAAUUGGGCGCCGCUGGUGCUGAUUCGCUAGUCGCUGUUCUUGCCACUCUGCCGACAGUGGUUCAGGAGCAGAUCCGAUACACUCUGGCAGAGGGUUACAGUCGUCAGACUCUUGCUCUUUGUGUCUCGGCAGCGCUGCAAGUCCCCGCUUCCCUGCUCAUGUGGACAAAGAAGCCGCUGGUAGUGUAG